AUGGAAGACUGGAAAUGCCUCUUAGUACUGUUAUUAGCGCUGUUAAGUUAUCGACUUCCAACGGCACACUCCGCCAGUGGAGGCAGUGGAUCAAAUGGUGGAGGAGGCGUAGGAUUCCGAUCAAAUCGGGAUCGAUCAGCACCCCAAGCGAUAGCUUCACUUUCGUCAGCGUCAAUAGUUGCAGCUUUGGCAGCCAGAAAUAGUAAUAACAGUAACAAUAACAGCAGUCAUGGUGGUAUUGCCAGCUCUGCAGCUAAUACUUCGAGUUACUGUAACUUGGCACAUUUUCGCUGUGGCAAUGGAACCUGCAUCCCGUUAGUCAAGUAUUGUGAUGGAACCUUCGAUUGUAUUGAUAAGAGUGAUGAACCGGUGUUUUGUACAGUAUGUAACCGAACUCUGUAUGGCGAAGUUGGGCGUACCUACGAGUUACAGCUUCAACCUUACCAGUUACAACAAUUCCAAGAAAAGCAACAGGACGUUGACAAUGCACAUCCUUUCCUGUGUCAUCUUAACUUUUCUGCACCAGGAGGUAUCUACGGCGAUAUUGUGCAGCUCAAUUUCGCUAAAUUCAGCAUAGGAAAAUUUGUGCACAGUGUGAAUGGUUUCGGCGGCGGAGCAGGAUUAAUACCUGGUGGCCUUAGUGACCACAAUUAUCAAUCAGCAGGACACCACGAAACAUGCAUAGAGGGAUUUAUGACGAUUCGUGAACAGGGCUUACCUAAUUUAGAUGGUCGGUGGUGCGGAACGGCCGCUGGAUAUACAGUCUACUAUAGUGAAACCCGGUCGGUCAACGUAAGUUUGCGGUUGGAUCGGUUACCACCAAUCAGUGGCGUUAGUAGCAAUGGAAGAGGCGGCUCAGGUGGGGUAGGAAACGGACUAGAGUUUAGAGUGAUCUUUAAAUUCCUUCGCAAUACCGAUGCAAAACUAAGGUACGAUAACAGGAUAUGGAAUGGUGACCUCAUUCCGGAAACGUACUGCAAUAGAAAUUUUUAUGACUGCGACAAACGCAUCUGCCGAAUACGAUCGCCCAACUAUCCUGGCAUUUAUCCACGCAAUUUAACAUGUAAAUAUUAUAUUAAUCAUCGGACUCCACCGAGUGGCCUGCACGCCAUGAUCGUUUUGCGUCAGCCGGAUGGGCAUAAAUUAAACAUAAAGGAGCAAGCGACACAUUACGACGUGAACAACAGGAUUUUAAGAAGUUGGGAACAGUGCGAUGUUGAGCAAGAUUAUCUAGUAGUACAGGAUGGAAAAUCUGAGGAUGCUCCUGAAAUCGGAAGAAUUUGUGGAGGCGAAGUUUUACCAGAUAUCGUUACCAGUGGAUCAGAUAUGAUUGUAACGUUCAAAUCAUCACCGUACGAUGCAUUAUUUCAUCCCAAUCCAAUUAGCUUUCUGCCUGGAUUUGAACUAGAAGUUCACGUUCUCUAUGUCAACUCAAACUCGCAAUCAUACAUACGGCAUCCAGGACGUUGCGAAUUCUCGAUUAGCGCUUUUGAAAGUCAAAGUGGAGAACUGGAAAGCCCUCAGCAUACGCUUCCGCCAGAAAGUUCCUGCAUCUAUUAUUUUCAAGGACGGCGUCAUGAAACGGUCUGGAUUUCUUUCAUAAAGUAUCAUUCGGCUAUCGACCCAACUGGAUUUGAGUCUCCAUCCGAAUGUCUUACACAGUUGCGUAUCUGGGAUGGACGAUGGUUGGCUCCCUCAAGAUCCUACGGUAAAUAGAACUUUAUCCAUCGUUGUCCAUAUUUCUUCAAAAUUUUUCACUCAUUUGUGAUAUUUUCAGGGUCACAUCCACAGUACCAAAGAAAUGCCAGCCUAAUUGAGCAAAUUUGUCGAGAGGAAGUUCCACGUUUAUGCUCUCGAUCACUUGUUACCAAAGGCAGCCGACCUUGUUCGACUCAAGAGAGCUACCUGUCAACAGGAUCUGAUCUUACCAUAGAAUACCGUCCAAGCCCUAUUGGAACCGCUCGUCUAUAUGGGCCAGCUUCAGCUUUCAAACUUCGCUACGAGUUUGUCGAUAAUUCGUUAGGAGGCGCUCCACUGGAGCCAUUGAUUGCACCAUCGGCAAUGCCAGUACCAGCUGCACUCAUUCAGUUCCAUCCUAAGUCCUGUGAUCGUGUAUUUCGGUCAUCUUCUGCUUUGAGGGGAAUUUUUCGCUCGCCAUCAAAUGUAUUCUUAUACGGUCGAGGUGGAUCACCGAAUAUUUCUUGUACUAUUAGAUUCGAGGCAGGGCUGGGUGAAAGCGUCAGGCUCUCCAUUACGCGAGCCCGAUUCGGUGGUCGUUCAUGUCAAAACAUGCAGAAUCGAUCCGGUCGUUGGCACUGUAAUCAUCACAGUGGUCCAACAGCUGACCUACGUAUCAACGAAGUUCCUUGGCCGGACAUUUCCCCUCUUCCACGUGAUUGUCUUUGUUCGGAUGUGUCAUCCUCUAUCAAUUUGGCCCCCCUAGCUGCAAGUAUUGUUGAAGUUCGUUUUACAGCUAUUCAAAUGGAAGUCGAUCAGGAUUUUCGCGAUUUCUACUUCGAAGGGCGGUAUGAGUUCGAAAAUGAUGGUUGCGAAAAUGAUUGGAGUGAGCGAAGAUUACGGGGUCGAAGUGGUGAUGCCUUUUUGAAACCAACUCCGUGCCCAGCUUUGAUUCAACCUUGGCUUCUAGAACCUGAAACUGAUGGAAGUUAUUUGGUGCUUAAAAUGAAGGGUUUUUGGAUGCCUCCAUUGCUUCAUUCGGCACCACCAUGCCCAACAGAUUCCAGGAUUACUGUUUACUCUACGAAUAACCCAAAAAAUUCUCGUGAUCUUUGUCCUUCUGGGCCUGAUGUAGUAGCCUUUUCUGAUGGCUGGGACAACGCAUACGAAUAUAGUGCCAUAGAAGUCUCCAAGAGUCUUAUAAUCGAGUUCAAAAGUUCUCGAAAACCAAGAGACAUCGAAGGCAAUGAGUAUAAAUUCUCUUGGAUGGAAAUUUAUCCUGGACAUGACUGCCCAUAUAAGUGUCAGGAGCUGCAAGCCUGUAUCCCAUCGGAACUAUGGUGCGACGGAAAAAUUAACUGUCCUUCCGGGCAAGACGAAAGCCCAACUGAAUGUGACAUUCGAUUGCCGUUGUCACCUCUGCACGUAGGUAUUGCGGCAGCAACAUUGACACUGUUCCUAUCACUUGCUGCAGGACUGACGGCUUGUGCACGACGAAAGCGCGUCGAGCAGAAGCAGCAGUUGCGAAAUCAGCACAUGGAGGCAAAUGUGCUUUAUCCGCACCAUCCGACGUAUCCACAUGGCGCUGCGCAUCACCACAGCAGUCACACAUUGGCGCCUAUUUAUCUAGAUCCCACUAAAGACAGCUUUUGUUGA